AUGUUCAGACAACAUUGUCCGAAUCAAAACCCAAAAUCAUGUCCUGCAGUUGCAGCCUACAUUCUUCUGGCGUUCUUUCUUUUCAGCCAAUCAUGGCCGUCGAUCAUGGCUGAUGAAAAGGUGGCUAAAGCCCAUACUUGGCAAGAAGCCUGCAAACUACUUGGAAUAAGCUGGAAUUCUAACGGCACACUGAAAAGGGAAAUACAAAUCCCUAUGGUGGAUGCCACCCCUUCUGUUACUGACCCGAAUAGCCCGCCGGUAGCGCUCUCGACAGAUAUACAGCUCAGCCCCAACAGCAAGGCCUAUGUCCGCAUCUAUAUACCUGUCAAACCCCCGAAGGACACCAAGCUGCCUCUUAUAAUAUACUUACAUGGAGGUGACUUUGUGUUGUUCAGUGCAUCAACUGUCAUUUUUCAUAACUUCUGUAACGACAUCGCCUCGCAGUUCCCGGCGGUGGUGGUCUCGGUCGAGUACCGGCUGGCCCCUGAAAACCGCCUCCCGGCAGCUUUUGAUGAUGCCUUGAAUGCUAUCUUUUGGAUUAAGAACCAGGCAUUAGGUGUUGGAGGCCGUGACCCAUGGCUUGACUAUGCUGAUUUUUCUAAAGUUUUUCUACUGGGCAGUAGUGCUGGUGGAAACAUUGUUUACCAUACGGCCCUACGUGCACUGGAUUUCGAUCUUCGACCAAUACAAAUUCGUGGACUUCUAUUGAAUCAACCUUUCUUUGGUGGAGUGUUCAGGACACCAUCGGAAAUUAGACUUAUGGAGGAUCCCAAUAUUCCUUUGUACAUGUGUGACGUGUUGUGGACAUUGGCGUUGCCACCUUUUGCCAAUCGAGAUCAUGAGUUUUGUAACCCGAUAUCUGGUGGAUCUUACCUAGGACGGGUCCCACGUUUACCGAGAAUCUUUGUAAAAGCUGACGAAGGUGACCCUUUGGUCGACCGAACAACCCAAUUAGUACUGUUGUUGUUGGCAUACAAAGUACCUGUGGUUUAUCGUUAUAAUCGGGGUGGUUUUCAUGGUAUCGAACUUCAAAACAAGACUGCUGCUCAAAGUUUGUACGACGAUAUGAAGCGUUUCAUCUACUCUACUAAGUUUACUGAUGAUGAAGAAUCUCAUGCUUCUUACUAA